AUCGUGUUCAAGUUGGCUGUCGGGAGCUGCGAUCCACCAAGUACAUUUCUGACGGCCAGUGCACCAGCAUCAAUCCCCUGAAGGAGCUGGUGUGUGCUGGUGAGUGCCUCCCUUUGCCACUGCUCCCCAACUGGAUUGGAGGAGGUUAUGGAACCAAGUACUGGAGCAGGCGGAGCUCGCAGGAGUGGAGAUGCGUCAACGACAAAACUCGUACCCAGAGGAUCCAGCUUCAGUGCCAGGAUGGCAGUAUAAGAACCUACAAAAUAACUGUGGUCACGGCCUGCAAGUGCAAGCGAUACACCAGGCAGCACAACGAGUCCAGCCACAACUUUGAAGGAACCUCUCAAGCAAAACCUAUCCAGCACCACAAAGAGAGGAAAAAAGUCAGUAAAUCCAGCAAACAUAGUACAAGUUAGAAGUCAGACAUUCUCUCCCCUCUCAUCUCCCUCUCCUUGUGCCAAAAUUGAACUCACCUGUAACCAUUUGCUUUUCCGUUCCGACUGCUCAGAGACAAGUCUGCCAUUGCCGUGCUCUCAGCUGACACUCGUGCUUACUGCUUCGACCAAAAUCAAGAGGGGCGUUCUCAGCAUACGGACCUUUGGGGUGAUUUUCCGAAUGUGCAAGAUGGGGAAUAAGCGAGCCUUCAAAACCCACGCUAUGAACUUUUGCAUUUUCUCCAGCCAUGGAGGCAAAGCAAAUUUGCCACGAAUAUUCACUGAAGUCUAUUUUGUAAAAAGAUGCUUUGUUGUGUGUUUUCCUGAGAACGGUUACCACGCCUAUUGCCUUCUAUAUCCUGUUUUAUGAACUUCUGACAACAGCUUAAAAAUACAACAUCUAGUAUCUGCUUUGAGACUCAUUCUAAACAAAAGCCUUGCAUGCUGACCUUUCUCUUAUCUCAGUAUAUCGAAAACUAAAAUAUGCAUGGCAGCAAUCAAAAAGUAAAGCUGAACAAACUAUUUAUUUGUUGUUGUAAUUAUUUAAUGAGCUUUUAUGUGUGUUACUUCCCUCCAAAAUGUUCUUAUGUUUAUAGCUUUUCUCAUGUAUCAAAGUAUUUUCCUAUGAUUUGUGGCUGGAUUAGAACAUGCGUUUUGUAGAUAAUGUAAAAUAGAUAUUUUAGCAUUCUUGGUAUAUAUAUUUUCAUUUUGAACAUUCAUAGACUUAGGUGUUGUUUUGAAGUAACAACAUAAAAAUAGUUUUUUUCAUUCUCUAUUCUGUAUUAUUUUUGUUUGAAAGUGUGCAAUCAAAAGACAGAUAUGAGGACUUCCUUUCAAAAUCAUUGGUUUCCUUUUUUUUUUUUUACAAAAAUAAACAAUGCUAAAAAA